GAGGAGCUCCAGGCAGGACCUCUGCAGGGUGGACCAAGAGAACGGAUGGAGGAACUGGUGGGGCUGCGUGAAGGCUCCUCCGGGAAGCCGGUGGCUCUGCAAGAGCUGUGGGGUCCAUGUCCACGCAUCCGCAGAGGCAUCAGAGGGGGCCUGGAGUGGCUGAAAAGGCGCCUGUUCCGCGUGGGUGAGGACUGGUACUUCCUGAUGGCCCUCGGGGUGCUCAUGGCUCUCAUCAGCUAUGCUAUGAACUUCGCUAUCGGGCGUGUGGUCAGAGCGCACAAGUGGCUGUACAGGGAAGUUGGGGACGGCCACCUGCUCCGGUAUCUCUCCUGGACUGUGUACCCUGUGGCCCUCCUGUCCUUCUCCUCUGGCUUCUCACAGAGCAUCACGCCCUUCUCUGGAGGGUCUGGACUCCCAGAGCUGAAGACCAUGCUGUCUGGUGUGGUCCUGGAGGAUUACCUAGACAUCAAGAACUUUGGGGCCAAGGUGGUGGGCCUCUCCUGCACCCUGGCAACAGGCAGUACCAUAUUCCUAGGCAAAGUGGGCCCCUUCGUGCACCUGAGUGUGAUGAUUGCUGCUUACCUGGGCCGUGUACGCACCAAGACCAUCGGGGGAUCUGAGAACAAGGCCAAGGAAAUGGAAAUGCUGGCGGCUGCAGCUGCAGUGGGCGUGGCCACAGUCUUCGCAGCCCCCUUCAGUGGUGUCCUGUUCAGCAUUGAGGUCAUGUCCUCUCACUUCUCCGUCUGGGAUUACUGGAGGGGUUUCUUCGCUGCCACCUGCGGGGCCUUCAUGUUCCGCCUUCUGGCGGUCUUCAACAGUGAGCAGGAGACCAUCACCUCCAUCUACAAGACCAGUUUCCGAGUGGAUGUACCCUUUGACCUGCCUGAAAUCUUCUUCUUUGUGGCCCUGGGGGCCAUCUGCGGUGUCCUGAGCUGCGCUUACCUAGUCUGCCAGCGGAAUUUUCUCCGCUUCAUCAAGACAAACCCGUACACCUCCAAACUGCUGGCUACCAGCAAGCCCUUGUAUGCAGCUCUGGCUGCCCUGAUCCUGGCCUCCAUCACCUAUCCGCCUGGUGUGGGCCGCUUCAUGGCUUCCCGGCUGUCCAUGGCAGAGCAUCUGCGCUCUCUAUUUGACAACAAGUCCUGGGCAUUGAUGACUCGGAACUCGUCCCCACCCUGGCCAGAGGAGCCAGAUCCCCAGAACCUGUGGUUUGAAUGGUACCACCCACAGUUCACCAUCUUUGGGACUCUGGCCUUCUUCCUGGUCAUGAAGUUCUGGAUGCUGAUUCUGGCCACCACAAUACCCAUGCCUGCUGGGUACUUCAUGCCCAUAUUCAUCAUUGGAGCUGCCAUCGGGCGCCUCUUAGGAGAGGCCCUGUCUGUCGCCUUCCCAGAGGGCAUCAUGGCUGGAGGGGAGAUCAACCCCAUCAUGCCUGGAGGCUAUGCUCUGGCAGGUGCUGCUGCCUUCUCAGGGGCGGUGACCCACACCAUCUCCACGGCGCUGUUGGCCUUUGAGCUGACUGGCCAGAUAGUUCAUGCAUUGCCUGUGCUGAUGGCGGUGCUGGCAGCCAAUGCUGUCUCCCAGAGCUGCCAGCCCUCUUUCUACGAUGGUACCAUCAUGGCCAAGAAACUGCCAUACCUGCCGUGGAUUCGAGGCCGCAAGAUUGGUUCCUAUCCUGUGACCGUGGAACACUUCAUGAACUGUACCCUCACCACACUGGCCAAGGACAUGCCCCUGGAGGAGGUAGUCAAGGCUGUGACCUCCACAGACGUGGCGCAGUAUCCCUUGGUGGAGACCAGAGAGUCUCAGAUCCUGGUGGGCAUUGUGGAAAGGACUCACUUAGUGCAAGCCCUCCAGACUGAGCCAGCUUCCUGGGCUCCAAGCCAACAGCGCCUUCUCCAGGACAUCUUGGCUAGUGGCUGCCCCACACAGCCAGUGACCCUGCAAUUGUCCCCGGAGACCUCCCUGUAUCAGACACACAGCCUCUUUGAGCUGCUUACCCUUCAGAUGCUGUUCGUGACAUCACGGGGCAGAGCUGUAGGCUCUGUGUCCUGGGUAGAGCUGAAGAAAGCGAUUUCCACCUUGAUCAACCCACCAGCCCCCAAGUGA